AUGAAGCUGCACCCGAUCUCUCACUUUUUUCUUCCUAAUUUACAUUUCCCCCAAUCGACAGAUUUAUUACAAGGUAUACCUGUAGGUCUUAGUUUCGGUUCGAUUCCCUUCCUUCUUAAAGCCAAACUUUCUUAUUCGCAAAUUGCUAUCUUUUCUUUAUCUUCUUGGCCGUACUCUCUCAAAUUAUUGUGGUCACCUAUUGUCGAUGCCGUCUACACACCAAAAUUAGGGCGCCGAAAAUCAUGGAUUGUCCCUAUACAAAUCUUGACAGGCAUUUUAUUUUAUUUACUCGGGCAUCAUAUUGAUGCUAUGAUGAAUCCGCCACCAUUAGCGGUUGAAGAGAUUACUACGGCAGGAAGUGAUGCCGUGCACCAUGUCCCUAUUUAUGCUCUUACUUAUUCAUUUCUCAUGACUAUCUUUUUUUGUGCCACACAAGACAUUGCCGUGGACGGAUGGGCCCUCACUUUAUUAUCCAAAGAUAGUUUAUCGUAUGCAUCGACCGCUCAAACCAUUGGCCUCAAUUGCGGUUAUUUCCUCUCAUUUACGGUCUUUUUGAGUUUCAACUCUUCAGAAUUCAGCAACAAAUACCUACGUUCCGUACCCCAAGAGUAUGGCGUCCUCGGUUUAGGUGAUUAUAUGAAAUUCUGGGCCUGGAUGUACUUUCUAGUCACAGCCUACCUUGUCUUUUUUAAAGAAGAAAAGAAUGUGCAAGACAAUGAAGAUUUGGGAAUUAAAGGCGUUUAUUCAACGAUCUGGAAGAUCUGCAAAUUACCUCAUAUGCGCAAGUUUGUAUUUGUGCUGUUGACAGCAAAAAUUGGCUUUAUAUGCCAUGAAGCGGUUACUUCACUCAAGUUGUUGGAAAAAGGGUUUUCCAGAGAGGAUAUGGCGCUUUCUGUUCUGUUGGAUUUUCCCUUACAGAUCUUUUUCGGAUAUUAUGCAGCUAAGUGGUCGAAUGGGCAACGACCUUUGAAGCCGUGGCUAUGGGCAUUUUAUGGACGAUUGGCCUGCGCUGCUCUUGGUAUGUUAAUUGUAGCCGGAUAUCCUCAAAAUCAGCACCCUGUGGGCAUGAUCUAUUUUAUUGUUAUUAUGGCAUCAACGAUACUUAGCUCCUUCAUGUCGACAAUCCAAUUUGUCAGUAUUUCAGCAUUUAUGACAAGUAUUGCAGAUCCUAUCAUUGGCGGUACUUAUAUGACUUUAUUGAAUACAUUUAGUAACUUUGGCGGCACCUGGCCAAAAUUUUUUGUGUUGGAAGCUGUUGAUUAUUUUACUAAGAAUACCUGCUCAAUACCGAAUGAGAAAGGAGAAUAUCUAUCAUGUACUACGGAAGUUGGUAAAGACUAUUGUAGUCAAAUGAAUGGUACUUGUCAAUUAGAAAAAGACGGUUACUACAUUGUUGGUACGCUGUGCGUUGUGCUAGGCUUUUUUAUGCUGGUCUUCUACAUCAAACCUAUUGUUCGAAAGUUAGAGCAAUUACCAAGAAAAUUGUGGAGAUUGGAUUCCGAAAAAGAUUAG